AUGGAGAUCGUCAUGGUAGGGGCCUGCUACUUGGAUACCAUCUUAAACGUACCACACUACCCAGAGGAGGACACAAAACUACGAGCCUCCAAUCUGGAGACAAGACGCGGUGGCAACUGUGCAAACUCGCUAGAAGUCCUCCAGCAGCUUACCGUGCGUCACGGCGAUGAUAAAGGUGCCCGGCAAAUUUCCUCAAGAAACCGCCUGCAUCUGGUCGCAUGUCUACCAAAGCAGGACGGUCGAGCGGCACAGCAAGUGAUGCAGUCGUUUGGUGAUGACACGAUCGUUAGCUUCAAGCACUGCCUCUACCGCGAGGAAGCCACCGAGGCGGCGAGCAGCUACAUCAUACGAAGCAUGGAGACGGGCAGCCGAACGCUUGUCAACUACAACGCGCUCGACGAAAUGACUGUCGCAGAGUUUGAGGCCAUCGCUCGUGAUUUCGAAACCGAGGGCAAGUCUUGGUGGCACUUUGAGGGUCGCAUACCGGAAACCACGCUUGAGUGUAUUCGGGUCUUGCGCCACCUCCUGCCAGGAUCCAAAAUCAGCGUCGAGGUCGAGAAGCCAGGGAGAGAAGGCCUGCGUGAGCUGGCUGCCGAGGCAGAUGUUGUCUUCUACUCCAAAGUGUGGGCAGAGGAGAGCGGGUACGAUUCCGCAAUGGCUUGUCUGACGACCGAGCCCAGAGGGCAAGCAUCCCUGUCCCUGUGCCCUUGGGGAGCUGGGGGCGCCUAUGCAGUGUCUCACUUGUCCGGAGACCAGAUUCACUGUCCCGUCGAGCAGCAGCCUGACGAGAUUACCGUAGUAGACUCUGUGGGAGCAGGAGAUACCUUUAUUGCCGGAAUGCUUCACGGAUUGACUACAGGUAGCGACGAGAAUGCGCCUUGGGAUGCGCGUCGCUGUGUGCGCUUUGCGGUCGACUUGGCUACGUUGAAGGUGCAGCGCGAGGGCUUCGCCGGUCUGGGUGACGACAUUCUACACUCUCCACCGCGCGGGCCUGUGACGAGAGCGUGA